AUGAUUGAUUACGCGCGCCCCUACGAUCCAAACAUGUGCGAGUAUUAUAUGCCUCCGUCGCCGGCGCCCGCGCGCCUUGAUGACUUUCAAGUCUUCAAAAAAGGAACCUGUACCUACGGGAACUAUUACAACACUUACGAUGUCCUCGCCGAACCUGAGGUCGAUACUGCGACUAACGUCUACCACAACCUCGUCAACCUCAGAGAUUCAUACCGCCCAGAAGAUUGGAGAUACAAAAGCGUCUUCGACUGGACAGCGGACGACACCGUGUCUUGGAUCUUUGAUUGCGUGAUUGCUAGUGGUUUUAGUGAAUACGAUGUACCGUUUUAUAACCUCAGAAUUCCCGGUAUCGAAAUCAGGAGUAUGGGACGGGAAGAUAUUCUUAGCAGAAUGUUGCAUUCCAGCAUAGAUCCAAACCUCUCGAGCAGAAUAGCUGAUGUGGUAUAUGAAAAGCUGCAAAGCCGUCUAAAUGAUGAAAUUUUACGGCAGUCUACGGUGUUUAAAUACGCUGACCCGUAUCAAAGUCAGGAACAAACAAUGUUAGAUUUGGAUUAUCACAAAAAUAAACUGUAUUCAGAUUACAAGCCCAAUGAUAGCAGUUUGUUACAACCGGCGGACUCUAGCGACGAUGCGGAAGAUUUGUUUGGUUCUUCAGCCGCCGCCUCUCCUGAAUGUGCAUAUGGUAGUGAUGGCAGUAAAUCAGGUGAUGAAGAUGAGAGGCGGUCGAAAUUAGUAAAGCGGCCCCCAGGUAGGCCAAAAGGAAGCGGCAAAAAGGGCGUGAAGAGACCGAGAAGCGUUUCAGUCCCGGAGUUCCUCAGAAAUUUGUUGUUCGAUGAGAGAUACUGCCCGUCUAUUAUAAAGUGGGAGGAUUACUCACAAGGAAAGUUCAGGUAA